CUUAAUUUCUACAAUAAAUCAUGAAACAUGUUUUAAGCUCUAUCUAUAUACAUGUACCAAACAAGCUCUUUUCAUUUGCUUCCAUACUACCAAAGAAAAUUCCCCUUCAUAUUGAGCUCAAGAAAGAAACUAGCAAAAUUGUAAACAGGGAACUAGAAUCAACUGUCCUUUACUCAUCUCUUUCUCUUAUCCUUCUUCUUUUUUGCUUCAAGUUGUUGUUUCAAAUCAAAACUUCCAAACAAAACCUUCCUCCAAGUCCACCUUCUCUUCCUUUUCUCGGCCACCUCCACCUUAUAAAAAGACCCAUCCAUCGCUUUUACCAUGGUCUUUCCCAAAAAUAUGGCCCUAUUAUCUCCCUUCGGUUCGGCUCCCGCCUUGUAGUUGUAGUAUCGUCAUCAACAGCAGCCGAGGAAUGCUUCACCAAAAACGAUAUCGUUCUAGCUAACCGCCCCAAGUUACUCCUAGGCAAGUACCUUGGCUACAAUUGGAGCACGGUCGUUGGCUCACCCUACGGUGAUCAUUGGCGCAACCUUCGUCGGAUUAGUGCCAUCGAAAUCUUCUCAUCUAGUCGCUUGAACGCCUUUCUAAACAUUAGAAAAGAUGAAGUCAAGCGACUGUUGAUGAAACUAUCGAGUGAUGGCAACUGUCGACAAGAAUUCAUCAAGGUGGAGUUAAAAUCUCUGUUUGUCGACUUAACUUUCAAUAAUAUUAUGAGAAUGGUAGCAGGGAAGAGGUACCAUGGUGGGGACAGUGUAACGGACGACGGAGAGGCAAAGGAAUUUAGGGAGCUAAUGGAGGAGUCUUUUGCGAGUGGAGGAGUUGCCCAUCCAGGGGAUUUUUUGCCCAUUUUGAAUUGGAUUGGUGGAAGGAGUUACUUGAAAAAAUUGAUGAAUCUUGGAGAGAGGAUGGAUCGGCUCUGGCAAAAGUUGACUGACGAGGUUCGAGCUAAGAGGCAAGGGAAUACUAUGAUUGAUCAUCUUCUUUCUUUGCAACAAACUGAGCCUGAUUACUAUACUGAUCAACUUAUCAAAGGCCUAAUUCUUGUAAUGUUGCUUGCCGGAACUGAUACAUCAGCAGUCACAUUGGAAUGGGCAAUGUCCAAUUUGCUUAACAACCCAGAUGUAUUGAAGAAAGCUAGAACCGAACUGGAUAGUCAAAUUGGUCAAGAAAAUUUGAUUGAUGAAUCUGAUGUUUCCAAGCUACAAUACCUUCAAAGUAUCAUCUUUGAGACCCUUCGGUUGAACCCUUCAGCUCCUCUCCUACUCCCACACAUGGCGUCGACUGAUUGCAGGAUAUGCGGAUACGAUGUGCCACGUGACACGAUCGUUUUGAUCAAUGCAUGGGCUAUUCAUAGGGACCCGACGUUGUGGGAUGAUCCGACAAGUUUUAAGCCUGAGAGGUAUGGAAAUGGAGAGAGGGAAUCAAACAAGCUGAUGCCUUUUGGAUUAGGGAGAAGGGCAUGUCCUGGAGCUGGCUUGGCUCUACGAGUUGUGGGCUUGACCUUGGGUUCAUUGAUCCAAUGUUUUGAAUGGGAAAGAGUUGGUGAGAAAGAAGUUGACAUGGCUGAAGGUGAUGGAACCACCAUGCCUAAAGUCGUGCCAUUAGAAGCCAUGUGUAAAGCUCGUCCCAUUGUCAACAAGGUUCUCACCGGAACUAUUUAACAUGGUCUUAUGUUUCUAAGCAACUCUCCAGUAAAUACAAUUUGUGCAACGUGUAAUAAUAAGGGUUAUCUCUCGUUA